AUGCGUCCUAUAGUUUCCAUCUAUCUAUCUAUCUAUCUAUCUAUCUAUCUAUCUAUCUAUCAUGUCCAAUCAGGCUUUUAUAAACGGACGUACGCCCAUGCAAACAACUCUUUCUCUCUCGCAGACACACAAACACACAAUCACACGCACACUCGUGCAUGUGAACAGAUAGAUACAUGCAUACAUACUAUCUAUCUAUCUAUCUAUCUAUCUAUCUAUCUAUCUAUCUAUCUAUCUAUCUAUCUAUCAACAUUGGAACAAAUACACAUCUAUCUAUCCAAAAAUAUAUGUUUAUUGAUUUGGUUUUCUUUUCUUUUCUUAUUUCUUUUUCUUUUUUCUUUAUUUUAUUCUUUUUUUCUCUUCUUUUUCUUUUCUUCUCCUUCUUUUUCUUCUUUUUCUUUUCUUCUUCAUUUUAUUUUUCUCCUCUUUCUUUUUCUUUUCUUCUCCUCCUUUUUUCCUUUUCCUUCUUCUUUUUUCUUUUCUUCUUCACUUUAUUCUUUUUCUUCUCUCUCCUUUUUCUAUUCUUUUUGUUGUGACCAAAUGCAUGCUGGGACUUUUUCUUUUCUUUUUCAUUUUAUUCCUUUUCUUCUCUCUCUUCUUUUUCUUCAUUUUCUUUUUUUUUCUUCUUCAUUUUAUUCCUUUUCUUCUCUCUAUUCUUCUUUUUCUAUUCUUUUUGUUGUGACCAAGUCAAAAUUUAACUUCCCAAUAUUUUCUUUCUUCUACUAUUUAUCUUUCUUUCUUUCUUUCUUUCUUUCUUUCUUUCUUUCUUUCUUUCUUUAUUUAUCUUUCUUUCUUUCUUUCUUUCUUUAUUUCUUUCUUUCUUUCUUCUAUUUAUCUUUCUUUCUUUCUUUCUUUCUUUCUAUUUAUCUUUCUUUCUUUCUUUCUUCUACUAUUUAUCUUUCUUUCCUUUUUUCUUUCUUUCUUUCUUUCUUUCUUUCUUCUACUAUUUAUCUUUCUUUCUUUCUUUCUUCUACUAUUUAUCUUUCUUUCUUUCUUUCUUUCUUUCUUUCUUUAUUUCUUUCUUUCUUCUACUAUUUAUCUUUCUUUCUUUCUUUCUUUCUCCUACUAUUUAUCUUUCUUUCUUCUACUAUUUAUCUUUCUUUCUUUCUUUCUUUCUUUCUUUCUUUCUUCUACUAUUUAUCUUUCUUUCUUUUUAUAUUAUAUUCAUUUUUAUUUUAUUUUUUCUAUUAUUCACUUUAG